UACCUGGUGAAGUGGAAAGGCUGGAGCAACGAGCACAACACCUGGGAAUCCAGGGAUAAUCUUCUAAACUGCCUUGACCUUGUGACCCAGUUCGAGAAAGGUCAUAUGAUGGAAAAGUUUCUAGGUUAUUCAAAGGCCAAAGUUCAUAGGCCUGAUAGUAACAGUAAUAAUAGUAGUAAUAGUUAUGGUGAGCUGAACAACAUUUUAAAAACGUGGGAAUCUGAGAUGAACUCAAAAAACCCGCACCUCCCUAAAAUAAUCGUCGAGAACAAUGUCGAUUUUGAAGGACCCCCAACUAAUUUUGUAUUCAUAACCGAACGGAUCGCCAGUAGGGAUGUGCUGUUAUUGGAGGACCCCAUUGUCGGCUGUGACUGUGCUAUGGGCGUCUGCUAUAAGGAUAAAAGAUUGUGUUCUGGUAGGUUGGUUGGAUGGUUGCUGAGAUACGACAAAAAAGGUCUUUUAAAUCCACUAGUUAUUGGAAAUCCUAUAUAUGAAUGUAACAAAAGAUGCUCUUGUUCAGCUAACUGCAUCAACAGGGUGGUGCAGAAGGGUCGCAAGUAUCCAGUUUCUAUUUUUAGGACCAGUGAUGGGCGCGGUUGGGGUGUGAAAUCUUUGGAGAAAAUUCCUAAGGGUGCUUUCGUUGAGGAAUAUAUAGGAGAGGUCAUCUUGUCAGAGGAGGCGGAGAAACGAGGUCAGCAAGAUAAUUCCGAAGGUUUGACCUACUUAUUUGACCUAGAUUUCUAUUCAAGAGACUGUGCCUACACAGUUGAUGCAAAAACUUACGGAAAUGUUUCGCAUUUCAUCAACCAUUCAUGCGAUCCCAACUUGGCGAUAUUCAAUGUGUGGGUGGAUAAUUUGGACAUCAAACUUCCGAGACUCGCCCUCUUCGCCAUCAAAGAUAUCAAAAUGGGGGAGGAGCUAACUUUCGAUUACCACAUC